CCAAUCAGAAUCGUCCGUCUGCCGAUCAAGUAACCUCUCGAGUGUGUAUGCGUGUCAUGUUUUCACUUGUCAAAAAUGGCCCAAGCCGGUUCGAAAAAAUCCCAAUUAACCAAAAUAAAUAGUAAAACCGGCAUAAACAGUCUUAUAAUUUUCGUCGUCCUCCUCCUCGCAUGGAUCGCCGGCUUUUCCUCCCGUCUCUUCGCCGUGAUUCGCUUCGAGAGCAUAAUCCACGAAUUCGACCCAUGGUUCAACUACCGCGCCACGGCCUACAUGGUCAAGCACGGCUUUUACAACUUCCUGAAUUGGUUCGAUGAGAGGGCUUGGUACCCGUUGGGGCGCAUUGUGGGGGGCACAGUGUACCCCGGAUUGAUGCUCACGUCGGGGAGCAUACACUACGUGCUGCAUUUGCUGAACAUCAAUGUACAUAUUAGGGAUAUUUGCGUGUUUCUGGCCCCCAUUUUCAGCGGUCUCACGGCCAUCUCGACGUACUUCCUGACCAAGGAGCUGUGGUCGGCGGGGGCUGGCCUCUUCGCGGCGUGUUUUAUUGCCAUUGUGCCUGGAUAUAUAAGUCGGUCGGUUGCUGGAAGUUACGAUAAUGAAGGAAUUGCGAUUUUUGCCCUACAAUUCACUUAUUUUCUUUGGAUCAAGUCGGUGAAGACAGGGUCGGUGUUUUGGGCCGUUGCUGCCGCACUUUCCUACUUUUAUAUGGUCUCUGCAUGGGGGGGCUACGUCUUCAUCAUCAAUUUAAUCCCACUUCAUGUGUUUGUUCUCCUUCUUAUGGGGCGCUUCUCGAACCGACUUUUCACCAGCUAUACAACUUUCUACAUUCUUGGGUUGAUUUGUUCCAUGCAGAUACCAUUUGUUGGGUUCCAACCCAUCCGUACCAGUGAACACAUGGCGGCUUCUGGUGUUUUUGCGCUACUUUUCGCCGUUGCAACUCUCAAAUAUUUACAAACGAUGCUUUCAAAAUCGGAAUUUAAAUCGUUGGUGAUUUUUGGUGGUUUAAUAGCGGCCGGUGUUGUUUUUCUAACGGUGGUAGGACUGACUUAUGCUGGUUAUAUAGCGCCAUGGAGUGGCCGGUUUUAUUCAUUGUGGGAUACAGGAUAUGCGAAAAUACAUAUUCCGAUAAUUGCGUCGGUUUCUGAACAUCAACCUACAACUUGGUUUUCAUUUUUCUUUGAUUUGCAUAUUUUAGUUGCGACUUUUCCGGCUGGUUUGUGGUAUUGUAUCAAAAAUGUAAACGAUGAGAGGGUUUUUGUGAUCCUCUACGCCCUGAGUGCGGUUUACUUCGCCGGCGUGAUGGUCCGUCUCAUGUUAACCCUCACCCCCGUGGUGUGUAUUUUAAGUGGGAUAGCGUUCUCCGGCCUUUUGGAAUUAUUUUUACGCGAAGAUGACACUCCACGCAACGAAGACAGUGAUGAUGAUGACCAAUCACCCCCCAAUAAUCGUCGUUUGUACGACAAGGCCGUCGCCGGCCGUGUGCCAAAAAUGAAACACGAGCAAAAUAAGGAAUCGGACGGGAUUGGUCCGAAUAUUCGUAGUAUCGUAACCGUUGUCAUAAUGUUGUUGUUGAUGUUGUUUGCGGUGCAUUGUACAUGGGUCACUAGUAAUGCCUAUUCGAGUCCUAGUAUAGUACUAGCAUCGUAUGGGAGUGAUGGUACACGUCAAAUAUUGGACGAUUUUCGUGAAGCCUAUUUUUGGUUAUCGCAAAAUACCGCUGAUGAGGCUCGUGUAAUGAGUUGGUGGGAUUAUGGGUAUCAGAUCGCUGGGAUGGCCAAUCGGACAACACUAGUCGAUAACAAUACGUGGAAUAAUAGUCAUAUAGCAUUGGUGGGGAAAGCAAUGUCGUCCAAUGAGAGUGCAGCAUAUGACAUAAUGACCGCCUUGGAUGUGGAUUACGUUCUAGUGAUUUUCGGUGGUGUGAUUGGCUAUUCUGGUGAUGAUAUUAAUAAGUUUUUAUGGAUGGUGAGGAUCGCAGAAGGUGAACAUCCGAAAGAUAUCAGAGAGAGUGAUUAUUUCACUGAACAUGGUGAAUUUCGUGUGGACGCUGAGGGGGCACCGACUCUAUUAAAUUCACUUAUGUAUAAAUUGAGUUAUUAUCGAUUUGGUGAAUUGAAAUUGGAUUAUCGUACACCGGCUGGUUUUGAUCGGACACGAAAUGCAGUUAUCGGUAAUAAAGAUUUCCAACUUACCUACUUGGAAGAGGCGUACACGACCGAGCAUUGGCUUGUAAGGAUAUACAGGGUGAAGAAGAAAGAUGAGUUUAAUCGGCCGCGCAUACCGGUGGCUAAUCGGGUGGUCAAGAGCCAGAAUUUCGUCUCUAAAAAGAGCACCAAGCGUAAAAAGGGCACAAUCAAGAACAAGCCGGUGGUCGUGAAGGGCAAAAGACUGUCAAAACAGGCGUAAAUAGUUGUUGUUAGUUGUUUGAGACGAAGAAUUUUGUUGAUUUAGUUCCGCCAAGUUUUUCACUUGUGAUAACUGUGUAAAAAUAAAGGUAAUAAACUUUUUGCACUGUCAAGUGUUUUGUUCGACAUUAAACAUCACUUUGUGAAAUUGGU